AAAGAACUAGGUUUGGUAACAGCUGGGGUAGCUACUGCUACACUUUGUUUGUGUUUCCGCCGAGUCGUGAAAACAGAAAAAGAGAUCGCAGGUUGCGCGCCGCGGAGAGUGAAAGCCAACGCAACGCAACGCAGGAGAAGCGGCUCCUGCUACCAUACCAACAUCCACACCCCUCUGUAAUUUUUAUCACAAACCCUUCUACCAUCACAAACCCUAACUCAUUCUUUCCUUCCUUUAAUCUUAUUAUUUCUCUGCCCUCUUAUAUUUAUUUUUUGCAACAAUUUUCAUCCGUAACCCUCACCGAUAUAUUAAUUUAUUUGUCCAUGCUUUUUCCUUAUACUCUGAUCAAUCAUUAAUCUGUCUCUGUGAAACCGGAAACCCUAAUCGGCAAUGGUUACCACCACCGUUGAUUCUUCCUCUAACCAUCACUCACCCACUGCUGCUGAUACCUCUAAUAAUUUCCCGCAAAAAACCAUGCCAUCUCCGUGGGCCCAGGUCGUUCGCGGUGCCGACGCUGAACCCAACGAUCAAUCGCCGCCAUCUUCUUCCUCUUCCUCGUCCCUCGAUUCCAUUAAUUCUAACGGUCCCGCCGUUCAAACAAGCGAUAUCGCCGUGAAACCUGCGUGGAAGAAACCGGAGGCCAAUGGCGUCGCCGAAGUUGGGCCUGUAAUGGGCGCUCAUUCUUGGCCCGAUUUAUCCGAGUCCACCAAGCCCACCGCUAAAUUGACAUCUGACUCCUCUGUUAAGACUGCUGCUGAUGAAGAGUCAACCACCACUCCUCAGGGUCCUGUUACUUCAGACCCCCCUCAGAAACAAGCCACUGCUAAUGCAAAACCUAGUCCUACUCCUGCAAUGAACUAUGGUAUGGCUAAUAGACAAAGAUCAAUGAAGCAGCGUGGAGGGGCAAAUGGCAAUAAUGUUGGGUCUGGUCCUGUUCAGAACAACUUCUCUGGUACUACCCCAAAUCUUCCUCCACCACCACCUCCGCCCCCCUUUCCUGUUCUUCUGAUGCCUCCAAGUACAUUUGCCCAUGGGAUACCAGGGGCUCCUGUUCCUACUCCAAGGGAUCCUUACAGGAACAAUAACUGGGAUGCAAGACCUCAACAUGGGGGUUUUAUGCCACCAAUGAAUGAGCAUCGGAGUCCCUCUCACAGGGGCAAUGCUGGGCACCAUCCACGUGGAGAAGGUCCCUAUCACAACAGUUAUGGCAACAGGCGCGAUCAGGACCGUGUAGGUUAUGCAAAUACUAGAGAUGCUCAUGUAAAUCAACAGAGGAUGCCUCCAAGGGGAUUAAUGAGGCCCCCACCACCUAAUCCUGCUCCAUUUAUGGGGCCUCAGCCUAUGCGACCCCUUGCAAACCCUGCUGGGUUUCCUGAAUACUAUUAUUUCCCAACACUUCAAUUUGAACCCUUUGGGGGCAUGCCAUUUUUCACACAUGCACCUCCUCCUGCGAUGUUCUACCCGGUUGCAGAAACUCCUCUCACCAAUACAAUAGCCAACCAAAUUGAUUAUUACUUUAGUGAUGCUAAUUUAGUGAAGGAUGAGUAUUUAAGGUCCAACAUGGAUGAACAGGGAUGGGUUCCUAUUUCUUUGAUUGCAAGCUUCCCACGUGUUAGAAGUUUGACAAGCAACAUUAAGUUGAUAUUGGAUUCAUUGAGAACUUCCACUUUUGUGGAAGUGCAGGGGGACAAGUUGAGGAGGCGCACUGAGUGGAUGAAGUGGCUUCCGUCUGUUCAGCUUCUGGCCAAGCCUAGCGAAUCAAGUUCUAAUAACCUAGCAGCUGAUUUUGAAAAGAUCACAGUGGAUGAUGCUAAAGUUAACGCCAAGCCUACGGCAAAUGAUGAUGCUGCAGGAGAGUCCUCAACUCAGUCCCAAGUCCCAAAUGAUGCUACUACUGUGAGCAGCAAUUAAAACUCAACUCAGUUUAUAUCUACCUCAUCCCAGAAUACUUGGCCCAUAUCUGGCCCUGUGCGACUCUUGAUUUUAAAGGGUUUUUUUUUGGAGGGGAUGGUAAGGAUAGGUUGUUUGGAAGUUUGAUUCCUUUCUACGGUGACAGAUUGAUUUUGGUAGCAAUUGAAUCAAAGAGGGAAAGAAAUAAGAAUUCUUCGGAAUUAUUAUAUUGGCCUAAAGAAAAGAAAGUUAGCCUAGAAUUUUGAUGGAGGUGAAUUUGAAGAGUUUUUGGUUUUGUAUAGUUUUAUAUCUGCUGCGGAUGAUUUAUUCUUUAUUUUCUGGUGGCUUAUGGUGGUAUGUGUGGGUAAAAAUAUUUUUUAUGAAUUGAAUUCAGCACUUGAGCUUUGCUUGUGCCAAGCUGCCCUGCCAUUUUAACGAAUUAGGUUAUGUUGUUUGUUCUGUCA